GCCCUCCCUAACGAGAAGGAAGGGGGAACCCAUUACAGAAACGCAUUUCUUAUAGCAAGAGAGCAAGGGACCCCUGAGGACGGACGACCACUUCAGCUCCUCCUAGCGUACGCCGCCGGACGUCCAGAACGCUAGCCUACUCGCCACCUCACACUGACAACUCUCCCCACCCCACAAACUCACGACCGGGAAAGCCUCGCGUGGCCUCGACGACGACAACAAUAGACUAUUCCUGGACAGUCAAUACAGUACUGGUCUCUUCAAGACACAUUCCCAGGUCAUUAGCCCCUCCCAACCCCCUCUCUGACUCGAAAGGGAACGGGGAGGACGGGCACUGAGAGAUUGGAGAUUUUACUUCACUAUCUGCAAACGAGAAUCCCUCGUAGAAUACGGAACCAUGUUCCGGACACGACAGAUUGCACCCGCAGCCGAGCAUGUCACACUAAAAGUAGAUAGUUUGCGCCCUGGGUGCGCAGAGUUGGUGGAUCGGAAAGUUCUGCUCAAAGUCAACGGAGAGGCUGACCAAAAUGCUUUGAAACGACGCAAUACUCGAGACAGCGCCAUAUCGAUCUCAUCUUUCCAUGCGCCUCAGCCACAAAGGCAGAUCCCAGCGGAUUUGGCAGGGAGCGGACCUCCCUCGUCGGUUGGGCGAACGUCCCUCCAAAUGGACUCGGAAGACCCGAAUCAGGACGACAAGACGAUAGUGCGACGCCCUUCCCUCUCCGAAAACCCCUCGAAUUUUGCUCCAGACACUUCCAAUUCACCUAUACCCGACCCUAGCACAUCACCCUCAACGCCCGCAAACUCACCGCCCGGGACCGAUCCCGAACCAACAGACCGCGACCACGAAGUCAUCCGCGGACCGUGGAAGAAAGGCAACAUGCAGAACGCAUGGAAUGCAUUAAGCGACGACGAUGUCUACGCAUCGCUGAACGACUGGCGGGAUCCCGCUGAAGCUGCUGACGGUGAGCCAAACAGCACCUUCAGCAUGCAGACCGUGAAUCCCCGCACGCGGCGAUGGGGCCGGACACCUCGGGUCGGGCCGUUAUCCUCAGCGAGGUCGAAAUUCAGGAGGAGUCCGUUCAGAAGAGCAUGUCUGAUCGCCACCUUUGGCCUGAUGGUUGUGUUGACGGCGGUGGUGGUGGUUAUCGUCACUAUCAAGCAGAACAAAAAGGACACCUUUGAUCCGAACGCUGGACCGAGAGGACAGCUGCCGUCGGCCCCGCCGGGGCCACCAUUACCGGUCAUAAACCUACUAGGAAACCGCACAAACCCGGAUAUGUUCCCAAACACCGUCUACUUCGGCGCCAGCAUCGACUGGUCCCAAGAAGACCCGCAAAGCUUCAACGCAGCCCUAGGUCGUAACGCGGCCAUUAUCGACGGCUACUACAACAUCGGCGGGACCCUCGAACUAGCCAACAUAGUCAACUCCUCCGGCUUCAUCCACCCCGUCUCCGACUACUUCAACUGGACCGCGGGCCUGGUCGGCGGAACAGGCGCCAUUAUGGGCAUGACCGUGAUGCCCUACCAAGGCCUCGCAAACGUCUCGCUGGACGCCAUCACCCAACUCGGGCUUAAAUGCGCAGAGAUCAACCAGGUCGGCAUCCCCAUUAUGCUCCGCUUCGCGCCCGAGAUGAACGGGAACUGGUACCCGUGGGGUCAGAGCCCUUCUUUGUACAAGCGCGUGUUUCAGCAGAUUGCUACUAUCGUGCGAAAUGCGACCAACCAGACGGUUAUGGCGUCGCCGAAUGUGACGCAGGCGAGGACCGCGAUGGUGUGGUCGCCGGUUCCGGGGUUGGGUUACCCGUUUGUGAAUGGCAAUGAUAGGAAUUUCACGUUUACGCCGCUAAGGAAUACGACGAGGUGGGCGGAGUUGGAUACCAAUAAUGAUACCAGGGUGGAUGAAAAGGACGACCCGUACCUUCCAUACUACCCUGGAGACGAGUUCGUAGACUGGAUAGGCGUCACCGCCCUCUUCAACACCAGCCUCGGCGGCAGUGCCAGCAUUACCAGCUCAAGGUCCCCCUCCGCCUCAUCCGACAUCUCAAUCAUAGUCCCACCAGGCUCGCGCAACGCAACCCUCGCCACAAACACAACCCUCAUCACACUCCCAUCCAACAACACCUCCUCCAACAACACCCUCACCCUCCCAACCCUCUCCCCCCGCUACAACGUCAUCCCCCCUACGGGCAACACAACCGUAAACGCAACAGGUUUCUCCGUCGAACAGAUCCUCCGCGGCGGCAAAUUCUCCAUCUACCGGUUCGCCGAGCGCCGCGAGAAACCGUUUGUUAUUGGCGAGACGGGUAUCGGGUAUCUGAGCGGCGGCAGAGAGGUAGGAGCGGAGAAGGGACCGACGGAGCUGGAUGUCAAGAGCGCGUGGUGGGCGCAGCUGUUCAACAAAACGUUCUUGGACCGCCAUCCGCUUGUGAGGGCGGUGGUUUGGUAUGAUUAUGUGCUGAGUGUGCCUGUUACGGUGUAUUCUCCUACUGGAGGACAACAACAACAAUCGAAUGGCACGACAUCGGCCACCACCGACCCGCAACCCACGGGAAUGACACCCAACGUCACAACAAACGCAACGAACACGACAACAACAAACCAAACCACCCUCUCCCCCUGGGCAGCACACGCCAGGAUCCACACAUACACCCUCGACUACUCCCUCUCCCGCUCGGACACCCUCAUGCGAGCGUUCACAAACUUCACGGAUUCAACCCUGCCCCGCGGUCUGCUGGUGUUUGCGAACGAAAGCAGCCCCGUGUUUGCCAACACCAGUGCGUUGGGACUGACCGUCAAGGGCCCCCCGACGACGCCUUCCACGGGGACCAUGAUUGGCAGCGGGGCGAGGUUGGGCGGGCGGAACGGCACGAAUACACGGAAUAACACGGCGAGACCGACGGGAGGGGGAUCACCCCCACCACCACCACCACCCCCGCCGCAGCGACCGCAAACGCAGGUCAUCAACCCAGCGGCCGCGCAACCGAACGUGAACGCGGCGGACGCGGCGGUGGCGAUUGCUCAUGCGAUUGCGGCGGCGAAUGCGGCCGCUUCGUCGAUCAUGGCCGCGGGCCCCGUGACUGCUACGAGCGGGUGAGAUGUGCUGGGCUAGAUUGGCCGGUAUCUCUGACGGCCACCCUUUCAGGGCGAUCGGACCCACCCGGUUUUGCUCCUCAUCCCAUCCCCCCAAAAAAACGGCGUGGAAAUACCUUCACUUACCCCCUCCCGCCCCCUUUCUCGGUCGCAAUCACGGCGUUCCCCCCUGUUUUUUGCAACCCCACCCCGUAUUCGUCCGUCGUCUACAUUAUGUAUACAGAAUCCAAGUUCGCUGUUCACCCCAUGUAGUUAAGAGUCACGCGCCCCGCAGUAACCCCCCCC